AUGCGCUCUAACCCGCGAAAGGUGUGCUAUGUCGGCUAUGGUGGGAAGGACGCGGAGGAUAGACGAAUGAUCGUCAUGCAGCACAAGAUUGCAGGAGGGGAACAUGGGGACCUUGUGGACGAGAAAGAAAAGGGCCGAUUCCAGUAUGCGCAUGAGGGAGGAUCCGAGGGGGCAUGGCGUAUGGCGGAUGGCGUAUGGCCCUCAAAUUUGUGGUGA